UUUGAUUAAUCAUUUUCACUCUUUACACUACUUCUUUUUUGGUCAUAAAGCAACAAAAAUGAUAUACACUUCUUAGUACCCCAAACCUUCAAAAAAACAGCUGUUAAGUGCUAAAUAUAUUCCAAUAUAAAGUAAAAUAAAAGCCCCCAACUUUUCUUUUUUGUUAAAGAAAGUGUAGUGUAAGUGAAGAAUCACUUUUGCAGUUUGGGGUGCAGUAAUGGGGGUUUCAAUACCAGUUCUUGUAAUUGUAAUUGCUCUUCAUCUCAUUGCUUUUGUUCUUGCUGUAGGUGCUGAACGACGUCGUAGCACGGCGAAAGUUGUACCGGAUAAGUAUGAUGAAAGGACGUACUGUGUUUAUGGAGCGGAUGCUUCUACAGCCUAUGGUUUGGGUGCGUUUGGGUUGCUUCUGAUUAGCCAAACGUUGGUUAACGGUGUUACCAAGUGCUUGUGUUUUGGAAGAGGAAUGACGGGUGGUAGUUCUACUACUUGUGCCAUUUUCUUCUUUGUCUUCUCCUGGGUUAGUUUCUUAGGAGCAGAAGCGUGCUUAUUGGCAGGAUCGGCAAAGAAUGCAUAUCACACAAAGUAUCGCGCUGUUUUCCAAGUUGAAAACCUGUCAUGUGCCACCCUCCGAAAAGGUGUAUUUGCUGCUGGCGCUGCUCUGACGUUACUAUCAAUGAUCGGAUCCGUUUUCUACUACUGGAUACACUCAAAGGCUGAUACCGGUGGAUGGCAAAAGCACCAAAACGAAGGACUUGGUAUGGCGACAUCUAACUACAGCGAAUCUACUGAAAGAAAGGGCUGAAAUAUCAUUACAUUAAAGGCAUAUCGUUGAGGAACUUAAGCAUGAAGAGUUCUCGGUUUGGUUUUUGUACCACCCGUAGUUACAUACAUAAUAUAGUUAUAUAUGAACGUAGUCCAUAGUAUCUGCCGCGUCUACAGUUAUAUAUGAACGUAGUCCAUAGUAUCUGCCGCAUCUACGUCCUGUCUGUAAUAGCUUUACUUUGAUUGUCAACUGUAUGCAUAUGUACAAUGUAAGCCUUCAUUGUUGUGAAGGUUAUUUUAGAUUAUGAUCUCUAUGAUUUUCACUUGGAAAAGAGUACAAUUUUAUAUUCUGAA